AGUCAGGUACUGCUGUGUUACCGCCAAAUUCUUCGUGAAACAGAUUUUGUGCGCUCUUGACUUCCUGUGAAAAGAAUGAAGCGUGUGGUGGCUAUGAUUGUGAUCACUCUCCUUCUCGGCUUGGCGCUCGGCCAUGGCCAUCAUGAUGGCGGAAAGAAAAAAAGCCACGUGGUGCUGGUUCAGCGCCCUGUUUACAAGCCGGGUUGCUUUGAUGAAUACGGCCAUGGUGGACACCAAGGCGGCUACGGCAAGACGCCUCACGGACACGGAAAUGGCGGAUAUGGCGGAUAUGGACACGGACAUGGCGGAUAUGGACAUGGCAAGCAUGGUGGCCACCAGUACGUGCCAUACAGAUACUAGGCAGGCACGCAGGAAUAUCUCCUGUGCUUCUUCGCUUAACCAGUGCAUUAUAUAGACUAGUGACCACGGCAAAUAAAAUUCUACUUGC